CGACUCUCUCUCUCACCUGUCUCAUUCCCGCCCACGCGCUUCUAUCUCUCACCAGCAGACCGCGCCGCCGCCGCGCCACCGCUCUCCGGAUCAUCGGCCGUCCACCUCCUCCUCCUCCUCGCCCGCUCACCGGCCGUCCCUGCUGCGGUGCCGUCCACUUCCUCUCCCUGCCGCCGUAGCUCGCACAACCCCCAUCUCGCCCUCUUCCUUCUUGCCACACCGUCGCUACCACCGCCCCGCGCUGAGAGGGACCGACGCCAUGGACCUCCUCGAGAAGAUGAUGGCGCUUGACUCUGCACAGGAUCAGCUUUGGUCAAAUCUAUCUCAGCAAGCCAAUGAUGACUGAAGCCGAUGGAGAGACAGCUACUUUAUUUCCAAAAUCAGCAAGGCUCAGGAACUUGACAUACUCUGCACCACUGUAUGUUGAUGUGUCAUACAGAGUAAUGAAGAAAGGACAUGACUGUGAGGAAGUUACAGAGACUGCAGAGUAUCCAAAAGUGUUUAUUGGGAAGGUUCCAAUCAUGUUGCGCUCUAGUUACUGCACACUGUAUCAAUAAUCUGAGAAGGAUCUCACUGAACUUGGGGAGUGUCCUUAUGACCAAGGUGGUUAUUUCAUUAUCAAUGGAAGCGAAAAGGUUCUUAUUGCCCAGGAGAAGAUGAGCACUAACCAUGUCUAUGUUUUUAAGAAGAGGCAUCCUAAUAAAUUUGCAUAUGUGGCUGAAGUCCGUUCCAUGGCUGAGAACCAGAACAGACCAGCCAGCGGCAUGUUUGUACGGAUGCUUUCACGAGCAGGAGCAAAAGGGGGAUCAUCUGGUCAAUAUAUCCGUGCUACUCUACCUUAUAUUCGUCGAACUUACCUGCGUUGGAGAAGACAUUGAUGAUUUGCAGUACACACCUAAACCCGAAUUUGAGGGGUAUUUUAGAGUUAAGAAUGUUCAAACUGAGGAGAUUGGUUUCCAAUGUGACAAUAACCAGGGCGAGUGUCGGGCUAAAUUUUCUUGCCAUCUUGACUGUUUUGCUUGGGUGAAGCGAGACAGUUACCUUCCACAAGGAAGCCAAGGUCUAAAGGCUGUUACAAAAGCCAAGCUACGUUACGAUCCUCUGGAGGUUAAUCCAGAAGAUAUGGUUCGCUUUGCAAUGGAGCAGCCACAGACAAUGGCUUCGUAUUCUGUAUCAGACGAUGUUGCAACAUACUAUCUAUACAUGACUUAUGUCCAUCCUUUCAUCUUUUCUCUUGCAACCAUAAUACCUAUGUUACCUGAUGAGGUACUGUGGAAAGGAAGUGGGACACUUUGUGAAAUUCUGCUAAUGGUUCAGGCAUUCAAGGCUGGAGGCACAUAACUAUGAAUAGUGCAUCUUCUAAAAUCUCUCACUAAAUCAGCCAGCUCUUCUCACUAAAUCAGCCAGCUCUUCUGCUUGUCCCAUUGUCAUCCAGAUACUUAUUUGGGAUGUUGAAGUACAACCAAAUAGACAUGCUGUCCUAGGAGCAAGCGAGUCUCGCCCUGAUCUGCACGAUUACUGGGGGUCUAGGAAUAUUUGCAACAUUGUUUCCAAGCUGGAUAGCCACAUGUCAGUACUUAGCUGAAGAUAUGCUGAUGGAAUGGGUUUACAAGCCCCAUAUAAUAAAUCAUAACAGUGCGGGAGCAUUUUUUGGAUGUCCUUCACACAGAUGCAGGCAAUGAAAGAAACAGAAAAUAGACAAUGUUAGCGCGGAGUGAGACAGAUAGGAAUUGGGAUAGAAUCAUCCUUGUUCUCAGAUCAGCUGUACAUUCUUUAUUAUGGUAGUAUAUCAUACCUGUACGAGUAGACUGACGGUUGCUUCCAAAUACUCCAUGUGUUUGAAAUAUGUAUUGUAUGUGAUAUUCUGUGUUGCAUGUGAUUUUAUGUUUGUCUAAUUUUUUA